UUCAUGAUAUUGAACUCGUAGGCAGUUGAAAUCAUUUCGAAAAAAAAAACACUACGUAAAACAGUAAAACAUAGAAAAUGCAUUUAAGUUUUUUCGUAAUUUGCGCAUUUUCUUUUUUUGUAAAAGCUGAUAACGAAGAUAUUCCUCCAGUUGAAGUAAUACAGGAUCCAUGGGGUGCUGACGUGUUCUGCCUGUUUACCUACAGCAGAUGGGCCAAGAGUUCGAAUAUAAAUCAAAUGUUCCCAAGUGCUAAGAGAGUUGGUGUAGCUCGAUUACCGUAUCACAGAUUGGAUUUUAAUUACUAUUCUGAAGAAGUGAAAGGCAGUCUACCAACUACAGUUCCAGAUUGUGGGUACGAAGUUUGGGGAGCCAUUUACUACAUACCAGUUCAAGAUUAUGAUCUAGUUGCCACGAAAGGUGGCAGGUUGAAUAACAAACGAAUAUUUCAAUUUGUUCAAAAUCCUGUCGAAGCAUACCUAGAUGGAAACAUUGAUACCUUUGUGAACUUGAAAUGUAACUCGUUCCAACAAUUAGUCCUGCCAGAGAAGUCGAUUUAUGGUCUUCCUUUGCCUGAAAAUCGUAGACCUUCGAAGCUGGUACUCGAUGGAAUGCUGGAUGCAUUUAUCGAUGCUGGAUUGCCAGAAAAAUAUAUUGAAGAGGUAUCGUGGUUGCCUAUCAGAAGUUGAGAUGAGUCUAUGCUUGCCAGUCAAUCGAAUCAGAAUAUUGAAUUUAAUAGAUCUCACAGAAUUAUACAUAUAAAAUUCCCAUAGAUAAUUAAUAAAUUAUUGUAAGCGCUGUCC